UUGCCGGGGCUCGUUUUGAUUUCGCCCUGGACUCUUUCUGGCGUCCGGUGAUGACGCAAUGCUCCCGGAUUGGCUCCAUAGUGGAGGCGGUGGUUUAGGGGACCAAGAAUUCUGCAACCUGGACAUGUGGUAGUGAACUGUGAGGAAUUGGAGGUUUGAAGGCCAAAAGAGUUGGCAGUUUGCGCGACCUAGAGGAAUCCCUUAGGAUGAAGCUGAGUCUUACCAAGGUAGUUAAUGGCUGUCGCCUGGGAAAAAUAAAGAACCUGGGCAAAACAGAGGACCGCACCAUGGACAUUCCAGGCUGCCUUCUGUACACCAAGACUGGCUCUGCCCCACACCUCACCCAUCAAAUGCUGCAAAAUAUUCAUGGGCUUCCUGCCAUGGUUCAGCUUACGCUGUCAUCCCUGGCAGAACAUCAUGAAGUCUUGGCAGAAUAUAAGGAAGGAGUUGGAAAGUUUAUAGGCAUGCCAGAAUCACUCUUGUACUGCUCCCUGCAUGAUCCGGUCAGCCAUUGCCCAGCUGGUUAUGUAACAAACAAGUCUGUGUCUGUGUGGGGUAUUGGAGGACGAGUGGAAAUGACUGUUUCCAAGUUCAUGGCAAUUCAGCAGGCCCUUCAGCCAGACUGGUUCCAGUGCCUCUCAGAUGGAGGGGCAUCUUGUGAGGAAGCAACUUCCAUGAAAAGGGCCAGAAAGUCUGUUGACCGGUCACUUCUAUUCCUAGAUAACUGUCUGCGGUUACAGGAAGAGUCAGAGGUCCUUCAGAAAAGUGUGAUCAUUGGAGUGAUUGAAGGUGGAGACGUGAUGGAGGAGAGGCUGAGGUCAGCACGAGAGACAGCCAAGCGGCCUGUAGGUGGCUUCCUUCUGGAUGGCUUUCAGGGGAAUCCAACAACGCUGGAUACUAGACUGCACUUGCUGUCAUCAGUCACUGCAGAGCUGCCGGAGGACAAACCAAGGCUCGUCUCUGGUGUUAGCCGACCAGAUGAGGUGCUCAAGUGUAUUGAAAGAGGAGUGGAUUUAUUUGAGAGUUUUUUCCCUUAUCAAGUGACAGAGCGGGGCUGUGCCCUGACUUUCAGCUUUGAUUACCAGCCAAAUCCUGAAGAGACAUUAUUACAGCAGAAUGGGACACAAGAAGAAAUAAAAUGUGUGGAUCAAAUAAAGAAAAUUAAAACAACUGAUUGCAAUCAAGAAAUGACAUCAUUUGAAAUUAAUCUCAAGGAAAAAAAGUACCAAGAGGACUUUAACCCAUUGGUGAGAGGAUGUUCCUGCUACUGUUGUAAGAAUCACACUCGUGCAUAUAUCCACCAUCUGCUGGUGACCAAUGAGCUGCUGGCUGGAGUCCUGCUUAUGAUGCACAACUUUGAACACUAUUUUGGAUUUUUCCACUCUAUCCGGGAAGCACUAAAAAGUGACAGACUGGCACAGUUGAAAGAGCUUAUCCACAGGCAAAUACCUUGAGACCUUGCAAAUACAAGCUUGAUUCUUCACAUUGAGCUUGUACCACUGUUAGAACAUGGGAUGAAAUGAAAAAGAAAUGAUCUUAGCUUUAAUCAUUUAUGUUUGGGAAUAAGGUCUGCUGAAAUAAAGAAUGUAUGUAUCAAACUGGC